UCCCAGCCCCGCCCCCGGCCCACCUGGCCCCACCCCAGCCGACCUUCCCAGCCCAGGCCUUGGCUGCAGGUGGUGGAAAAGGCGUACCCCGAGGAGCCAGUGGGUGUCGUGUGCCAGGUGGACGGGGUCCCUCAGGUGGUGGAGUACAGCGAGAUCAGCCCGGAGACCGCGCAGCUCCGGGGGCCUGACGGGAGCCUGCUGUACAGCCUGGGCAACAUCUGUAACCACUUCUUCACCCGAGCCUUCCUCCAGGUGGUCAGCAGCGAGUUUGAGCCCUUACUGAAGCCACAUGUGGCUGUGAAGAAGGUCCCAUACGUGGAUGAGGAGGGAAAUCCGGUAAAGCCGAUAAAACCAAACGGGAUAAAGAUGGAGAAGUUUGUGUUUGAUGUGUUCCAGUUUGCUAAGAGCUUCGUGGCCUUGGAGGUGUCCCGGGAGGAGGAGUUCUCCCCGCUGAAGAAUGCUGCCUCGGCUGCCAGGGACAACCCCGACACGACUCGGUGCGCCCUGCUCAUGCAGCAUUACCGCUGGGCCCUGCAGGCAGGGGCCCACUUCCUGGAUGCCUGUGGGGCCCGGCUCCCUGAGCUGCCCAGCCUGCCCGACAGCAGAGAGCCUCCCGCCAUCUGUGAGAUCUCGCCCUUGGUGUCCUACUCUGGAGAGGGUCUGGAAGUGUACCUGCAAGGCCGAGAGUUCCAGUCCCCACUCAUCCUGGAUGAGAACCAGGCCAGGGCUCUGCGGCCCUGACUCACUCCCAGAAUUGCCAACCCCGGAGCCUGAGGGGCGGGGACACGGGUUAGUCCACCAGGGUAGGGCCUCUCCCAUCACUGGUUCCAUGGACCAAAUGACCCCAGGCCUGCUGGGGACCAAUGAGGGCCCUUUGCGCUCCAGUCUGUGGGGUCCGGGCGGGAGGCAGCGGCCCCCACCUCUGCUCAGCAGAGAC